CGGGCACGUCAACGUCUUCUCCAAGUAAGAUGGCGGCUGGUCAGGUUGGAGUGACGCUGCGGCAGCCGCAUCUUUCUCGUCAGGAUCUUGCUACGUUGGAUGUUACUAAGUUGACUCCACUUUCACAAGAAAUUAUCAGCAGGCAAGCCACAAUUAAUAUAGGUACCAUUGGUCAUGUUGCUCACGGGAAAUCCACAGUUGUAAAAGCUAUUUCUGGUGUUCACACUGUCAGAUUCAAAAAUGAACUGGAAAGAAAUAUCACUAUCAAGCUUGGGUAUGCGAAUGCUAAGAUUUAUAAACUUGAUGACUUAGGGUGUCCUCGCCCAGAAUGUUAUAGAUCCUGUGGAAGCAAUACACCUGAUGAGUUUCCUACAGACAUUCCAGGGACCAAAGGGAACUUCAAACUAGUCAGACAUGUUUCUUUUGUUGACUGUCCUGGUCAUGAUAUUUUGAUGGCUACUAUGCUGAAUGGUGCAGCAGUGAUGGAUGCAGCUCUUCUGUUGAUAGCUGGUAAUGAAUCGUGUCCUCAACCUCAGACAUCUGAACACCUAGCUGCCAUAGAAAUUAUGAAACUGAAACAUAUUUUGAUUCUACAAAACAAAAUUGAUUUGGUGAAAGAAAGUCAGGCUAAAGAACAGUAUGAACAGAUCCUUGCAUUUGUACAAGGCACUGUAGCAGAAGGGGCUCCUAUUAUCCCAAUUUCUGCUCAGUUAAAAUACAAUAUUGAAGUGGUCUGUGAGUACAUAGUAAAGAAAAUUCCAGUACCUCCAAGAGACUUUACUUCAGAACCGCGACUUAUUGUUAUCAGGUCAUUUGAUGUUAACAAACCUGGCUGUGAGGUUGACGACCUUAAAGGGGGUGUAGCUGGUGGUAGUAUUUUAAAAGGAGUUUUAAAGGUGGGCCAGGAAAUAGAAGUCCGACCUGGUAUUGUUUCCAAAGAUAAUGAUGGAAAACUCAUGUGUAAACCAAUCUUUUCAAAAAUUAUAUCACUUUUUGCGGAACAUAAUGAUCUUCAGUAUGCUGCUCCAGGUGGUCUCAUUGGUGUUGGAACAAAAAUAGACCCCACUUUGUGCCGAGCUGACAGAAUGGUGGGGCAGGUGCUUGGUGCAAUUGGAGCUUUGCCAGAGAUCUUCACAGAACUGGAAAUUUCUUAUUUUCUUCUUAGACGGCUUCUAGGUGUACGUACAGAAGGAGAUAAAAAGGCAGCAAAGGUACAAAAACUAUCCAAGAAUGAAGUGCUAAUGGUGAACAUAGGAUCCUUAUCUACAGGAGGGCGAGUUAGUGCAGUCAAGGCAGAUUUGGGUAAAAUAGUUCUCACUAAUCCUGUGUGCACAGAAGUAGGAGAAAAAAUUGCCCUUAGCCGAAGAGUUGAGAAACACUGGCGGUAAGUUUUUGGCCAUUGCCAUGCUCUAG